AUGGAAGAGUGGGCGUCCAUAAUAACCAAUAACAUAGCCCUACCGCCAGAAACCCCCAUGUGGAUUCGCGAACGUACCGUUUUCCACUUCGAAAGCACAACGGAUAUAGAUAACGCCAUAUCAGAAGUAGAGUCAUGGUAUGAGGCUGCACGAGUGCCAAGAGUCUCGAGGAAAAGAAAAUAUGUGUCCUGGUGGAACAGAGAAUUGUCAAAACUUCGCUUAGCCGCCGCCCGAUCUCGCACUAAAUGGUUUCGUGCAGUCUCGCGCAUACCGAACAUAUCGAGCGUCCCAGAGCAUCCCCUUCGUCAACGCAUGCUAGCCGACCGCCGUGCUCUGAUCAAAGCCAUCCGCCAGGGUAAAGACGCCUCAUGCUCCGAAAUGAUAAACGAGAUAUCCCGAGAUCCAUGGGGCAAGCCCUAUAAAGCCGUUAUGAAGCGCUUAAAGGGAAACUCCCAACUGGUACGCCUUAACGAAAGCGAGUUCAGGGUAGCAGUGUCACAAUUGUUCAUAACCGAGCCCCCGACAGUUGUGAGAAACGGAGCAGCCGAACAAACUGCAGCCACACCUUCACCCGCUCACACCGAUCAUCCCAACAAUACCGUCCCCACAGCCACCGCGUGUCGACGACCUCCCAGUCCACAGCCCGGACCCAGCAGUGCCCCUCCAGAAUACCGAGUUUCAAGUCGUAAUACUUCACUCAUUACCCCGUUUACUAACGUAGGGACACCCAUGCCAGACGCCAAUCCUGUCCCCCCAAACACUACAUCAGCCCACCGAGCAGGCCCAGAAGAUCCACGAGUACCCCACCCAUUUAGCGCUUGCGAUGCCGCCAUAGCCCUCGGUAAGGUGUCCAAAGGAAAAGCGCCGGGACUUGAUGGAAUAACCGGUGAAGCCCUUCGCCCCAUUUACAAAUUGGCACCAGAAUGGGUGCGCGACUUAUUUAAUGCCUGCUACCGUCUAGCAUACUUUCCCGCCUCAUGGAAGGUCGGUCGAUUGGUGUUGAUUCCCAAGCCCGGAAAGCCCUUCAACUCAUUUUCCGACCUGCGCCCCCUGUGCAUGCUGUCCAACCUCGGGAAGGGUUUUGAAUAUGCCCUGCGCGAACACCUGGUAGAUGCCGUAAGAGAUUCCGGAGACUUAUCCCCCCGUCAAUAUGGUUUCCGUCACAAGCGAUCAACACUACAGGCGAUGAAAGUGGUAAUGUCCGAGUGGAACCGUGCCCGCAAUACUGCCAAUCAUUGUUUGUUAAUUGGGUUAGACGUAAAAAACGCCUUCAACACCGUUCGGUGGGAGAACAUAAUUGCCGCCGCGCGUCGUCGCAACUUCCCACCCCACCUUAUAGCAAUGCUGGAAAACUACCUAAGCAAGCGAUUUGUUGGUACCAUGAUGCCUGACGGCACAUGGAUUGAGCAAGAGGUGUUCGCCGGCGUACCGCAAGGGUCCGUCCUAGGACCGUUCCUGUGGAACCUGGCUUACGAUUCGAUUCUAGAAGUAGCCCUACCCCGCAAUGUACUCACCAUCGCUUUUGCGGACGACCUUGCCAUGAUCAUAAUAGGUAUACUGAGUAAUUUACGCGAGAUAGCCGAGAUUGCACUACAACAGCUUGGUAUAUGCAUUCAACGUCCAGCAUCCGAAGGGAUUCGGGUUCACCGGAAUUGUAAUUCGAGGCCCCAUCAGAACCUGUCAUUUAAGUUAAGAACCCCAGACCCGAAAUUAACAGAAGGCUUAAGAAAAUUAAAGAUCAACAGAUUAAGGCCAGCGUCACACGAAUAUCAAGUCAGCACAAACCCAGUGCCCAUCCCACCUUAG